UAAGGAAGGGGAGCGGACCGGCCAUUCCGCGUUGGCGGCUGGGCUUUGCCGGCUUCUCCUCGCGGGCGCCUGCCUGCCUGGCUGCCUCCCUCUGGAGAUGAAGAGCGGCUUCUCCCCGCGGCUCUCCUUCUGGCUCCUUCUUCUCGCCGCCGAAGCAGUGAGUGGUUAUUCUAUGACCCCACCAACUCUUAGCAUCACAGAAGAGGAAUACGUGAUCAACGCUAAGGAUACCCUGAAUAUUACCUGCAGAGGGCAGCAUCCCUUGGAGUGGUCGUGGCCUGGGGGCCGAGAAGACUCCAUUCAGAUUGGAAAGGAAAGUGAUUCUGUGGUGUUAGUGAGUCUUGAUGGUAUUCGAACAGUCAAGGAAGAAGAUUGUGAGGGUACUGAAACCAAGCCUUACUGCAAGGUGUUGACAGUGAUGGGGACUCAGGCUAAUGACACAGGCUACUACCGCUGUUACUACAAGUACAUCAAUGCCAAAAUUGAGGACACUACUGCAGUCAGCACCUAUGUAUUUGUGAGAGAUUUUGAACAGCCAUUUAUCAAUAAACCAGGGACUCUUCUUAUCUACAAAAAAGAGGUUAUCUGCAUCCCAUGCCUGGCAUCCGUUCCAGACCUGAACAUCACUUUGCUUUUGACAACCUCUGUCAUCUACCCAGAUGGAAAGAGCAUUCUGUGGGACAACAAAAAAGGAAUGUUAGUUCCUACCAAACUGAUCAGGGACUCAUGGUUUGUUCAAUGUGAAACUGUCAUCGACAAGAAGUCCUUCAAAUCUAGUUUGUUCCUUGUCCACAUUGCAGGAAAUGAACUUUAUGACAUUCAGUUGUUCCCAAGGAAAGCCAUGGAGCUUCUAGUAGGAGAAAAACUAGUGCUCAACUGCACAGUAUGGGCUGAGUUUAAUUCAGGAGUGGAUUUCCAGUGGGACUAUCCUGCAAAACAGAUGAACCGGAAAGUAAUUGAACUGCCUGAGAGGCGCUCCCAGCAGACACAUACAGAACUCUCUAGCAUCCUGAUAAUCCAAAACGUGAGCCAACAAGACCUGGGAAAAUAUACAUGCAAGGCUAGCAAUGGGCAGCAGAACCUGAAGGAGAGCAUAGAUGUCAUUGUGCAUGAGAAGCCCUUCAUCAACGUUGAGUGGAGGAAGGGACCAGUAAUAGAAGCAACAGCAGGAGAUGAAAUUGUGAAACUGCCAGUGAAAGUGGUUGCCUAUCCCCAGCCAGACUUCCAGUGGUUCAAGGAUGGAAAACUAAUUUCCAACAAACAAUCUCAAUAUUCACUGCAAAUCAAAGAUGUGGCAGAGCAGAACUCGGGUUCCUACACAUUGGUUUUGAGGAAUGGUCUGGCUGGAUUGGAGAAGAGCAUUAGUCUUCAGCUGGUUGUCAAUGUUCCUCCACAAAUCCAUGAAAAAGAAGCAUCUUCACCUAACAUUUAUUCUCGUGAAAGCCGACAUGUGCUCACCUGCACCGUCUACGGCAUCCCAUCACCAGAGAAGAUCCAGUGGCAGUGGAGGCCGUGGACACCUUGCCGUAUGUUCUCCCCACGCAGUCUCAGCAGACGGAGGGCUGUCCGACGUCACCAACGGGACCGGAUGCCCGAGUGUAAGGACUGGAAGGAUGUGUCACAGCUGGAUGCUGUGAACCCCAUUGAAAGUAUUGACACCUGGACAGAGUUUGUGGAAGGAAAGAACAAGACGGUCAGUAAUUUGAUCAUCCAAGAAGCCAAUGUUUCUGUCAUGUACAAGUGUGUAGCAUCCAACAAAGUUGGUCGUGAUGAACGGCUCAUCUAUUUCUAUGUGACUACCAUCCCAGAUGGAUUUGAAAUUGAGUCACAGCCUUCAGAAGAGCUCAUUGAGGGACAAGACUUGAGGCUAAGUUGCAAUGCGGAUAACUAUACCUAUGACAACCUGCAGUGGUACCGGCUCAACCUCUCCACACUCCACGAUGAAGAGGGCAAUCCAAUGGUUUUGGACUGCAAGAACGUCCACCAUUAUGCAACUAAAAUGCAAGGAGAAUUGCACUUCAAACCCAGCUCCAAUUAUGCUGCAUUGACACUCACCAUCCCAAGUAUUUCUCUUGAGGAUGAAGGAGAUUAUGUGUGUGAAGUGCAAAACAGAGAGAACAAUGAGAAACACUGUCACAAAAGAUACAUCUCCGUGCAUGCUCUGGAAAUUCCCAGGUUGAAGCAAAGCCUGUCAAACAUCCUGGUGAACGUCAGUGAUUCCAUAGAGAUGCGCUGCAGAGUGGAUGGCACACACAUCCCAAAUAUCAACUGGUAUAAGGAUGAGAAGCUGGUAGAAGAGGUCUCAGGGAUUGACCUGGCAGAUUCCAAUCAGAGGCUGAGUAUCCAGAGGGUGAGAGAAGAGGACGCUGGGCUUUACCUGUGUAGUGUCUGCAAUGCCAAGGGUUGUGUGAAUUCCUCCGCCAGUGUUUCUGUAGAAGGUUCAGAUGACAGGACCAAUGUGGAGAUUGUGAUCUUGAUUGGGACAGGUGUCAUUGCCAUCUUCUUCUGGAUUCUCUUGAUCCUCAUCUUCUGUAACAUUAAGAGACCCGCUCAUGCUGAUAUCAAGACUGGCUAUCUUUCCAUUAUCAUGGACCCAGGUGAAGUUCCUUUGGAAGAACAAUGUGAAUACCUGCCCUAUGACUCCAGCAAAUGGGAAUUUCCUCGAGAGCGACUUCGACUAGGUAAAGUCCUGGGCCAUGGGGCUUUUGGGAAAGUGAUGGAAGCCUCUGCUUUUGGAAUUAAUAAGAGCAACAGUUGUGAGACAGUGGCAGUUAAAAUGCUCAAAGAGGGAGCGACUGCAAGUGAGCACAAGGCACUCAUGUCAGAAUUGAAGAUCCUCAUCCACAUUGGAAACCAUCUGAAUGUAGUGAACCUGUUAGGUGCCUGCACCAAACCUAAUGGUCCACUUAUGGUUAUUGUUGAAUUUUGUAAAUAUGGAAAUCUUUCCAACUAUCUGAGGACUAAACGGGAAGGAUUUAGUCCUUACAGGGAAAAAUCUCCAAGAUUGCGAAUCCAGGUUCGUUCCAUUGUGGAAUCUGUAAGAGCAGACAGGCGAAGUCGAUCUGGUACCAGUGACAGCACAAUCCUUAACAGACUCCUAAUGAACAAGAGCCAAGCAUCAGUACCACCCCCACCUCCUCUCAUGCAAGAAGUGGAUGAUUUGUGGCAGAGCCCUCUGACAAUGGAAGAUCUGAUCUGCUACAGCUUCCAGGUGGCCCGUGGUAUGGAGUUUCUUGCUUCCAGAAAGUGCAUCCACAGAGAUUUGGCAGCUCGUAACAUCUUGCUAUCAGAAAACAAUGUGGUGAAGAUCUGUGACUUUGGUCUCGCCCGGGAUAUUUACAAGGACCCUGACUAUGUCAGGAAGGGCAGUGCUCGUCUUCCCCUAAAGUGGAUGGCUCCAGAAAGCAUCUUUGAUAAAGUCUACACCACCCAAAGUGACGUCUGGUCCUUUGGAGUCCUCCUGUGGGAGAUCUUCUCUUUAGGUGCCUCCCCAUAUCCUGGAGUGCAAAUCAAUGAGGAAUUUUGCCAAAGACUGAAAGAUGGCACUAGGAUGAGAGCUCCAGAAUAUGCCACUGCAGAAAUUUACCGUAUAAUGCUGAGCUGUUGGUAUGGAGAUCCUAAGGAGAGGCCAACAUUUUCUGACUUGGUGGAGAUCCUGGGGGACCUUCUUCAGGAAAAUGUCCACCAUGAGGGGAAGGAUUAUAUCCCAUUAAAUGACUCUCAGAGCUCUGAAGAUGAUGGCUUCUCGCAGGUGGCUUCCUCUAUCCAGCAGAACUCUGAUGAAGAGGAAUUUGACACGAGGAUACAUUGUCACAAUAUAGCAGCGAGAUACUAUAACUGUGUAUCAUUCCCCGGCUGUUUGACUGGUGGGAAUCAGAUAAGGUGUCCAUCUAGAAUAAAGACAUUUGAAGAAUUUCCUAUGACACAAACUAUGUAUAAAGUACAUCCCGAUAAUCAGACAGACAGCGGAAUGGUUUUGGCAUCUGAGGAGUUUGAGAGAAUAGAAAAUAGACACAGAAAAGAAGGUGCUUCCAGCAGUAAAGGAUUCAUUCGAAAUGCCAACUCAAUAGUAGAUUCGUCUGACCAGAGGGGCAGGUGUCGGCCAUUGCAUCAGGCCCAACUCCGAGGCCAGACUUUUUACAACAGUGAAUAUGGGGAACUGUCAGAACAGUCGGAGGAAGGCAGCUGCACUCCACCUGAAGAGGGUCCCAGUCCCUCCUUCCUUCAUGCUUCAUUUUUUUCAGACCAAUACUAAGGGGAAUGGAUUAUGGACACACCAUUGCAAGCAACGUACCCUUCUCCCCUUUAAAUCGCUUCACCGGAAGCCUCCAUUCCUUUGUCCCAGAAGAAUCUGGUAUACGAAUCCCCAUGGAACAGUUGAAAAAUGCCUUGGAAACGAAGGUGACAAGUUUUCCAGCAUGAAUAAGAGUUCUUGCAUUUGGCACGGACAUAAUUAUUGAUCGGAUGCUAUCUAUUGUUCUUUUUGAUUAGUUCCUGGGUGCAGUUCUGUGGAUGAAACUGAACUGUUCUGUCACCAGAUGGGUUGCCUGUGUUAAGUGCUGCAGCCACUAUUCAGUAUUCAGCCUCCAUUCAAAUACUUUGCCAUAAUAAGCUUUAUUGGGUCAGAUAAAAAUAGAUGUGUCUUA